AUGGCUUCAACUUCGAUAAUCUCAAUGGCCGUGCCAGUAACCUGUGCCACCACCAAGAAGAUAGAGUCACCAACCUCUCAUGCAUUCUUCAAGACACCUCUGACUCUGAGGCCAUCUAAGUCAAACGGAAGGUUUCAAGUGAAAGCAUCGCUGAAGGAGAAAGUUGUGACAGGGCUGACAGCAGCUGCAUUGACAGCUCAAAUGGUGAUUCCUGAUGUGGCUGAAGCCGCUACUGUUUCGCCUUCUUUGAAGAAUUUCUUGCUCAGUAUUGUCUCUGGUGGAGUUGUGGUUACUGCCAUUCUUGGAGCUGUUAUCGGUGUUUCCAAUUUCGAUCCUGUCAAGCGAGGCUGA